CAGUUUACGCCAUGCAAGUUGUAGCUGAAAACAAAUACAAUGGACGAGGACAACAGAAGAGGGAAGGUCCAGAUGGGAGAGACCAAGGACGCCGGAGAGGUUCGAUACCGGGGCGUGAGGAGGCGGCCAUGGGGGAAGUUUGCGGCGGAGAUUCGCGACUCCAAUAGGCAUGGGGCGCGUGUUUGGCUCGGGACUUUCAACACUGCGGAAGAAGCAGCCAGAGCUUAUGACAGAGCUGCUUACGCCAUGAGGGGUGGUUUGGCCAUUUUGAAUUUUCCUAACGAGUAUCCUUCGGGGACUGCUGUUGGUGGUUCUUCGUCUUCGUCAUCGUCGGCCGUUUCGUCGUCGUCGUCUUCGUCUUCAAUGCAAGCUGGGAAUCAAGUUCUGGAGCUGGAGUACUUGGAUGAUAGGCUGCUGGAGGAACUGCUUGAUGAUUGUGAAGAUAUGAAGAGCAAAAAGAAGUGAGUGUAAGUUUGAACCGUCUGUUAUGCAAGAAAUGUCCAUGAUGCCUUUUUUGACUUUUCUGUUUAAUCUAGAUUCUGAUAAUCACCUUUUGCAUGCAUGCAUUCGCUCAUUUUGCUUUUGUCAAUGAAGAAUCUAGCAAUAGUGGGCCAAGGCAUUCAUGAGAUAUGUCGAUUUCAUUCUGCAAAUGUAUGAUCCCCAGAAAAUACACUGUUUUGAGUUGUAC